CACCUUUCACCCCUUUAGCGCCGGCAUUGUUGAAACUUCUUUGAGUUUAUUAUAGGUUUUGGUCAGACUUUUGGCCCCUGAGCUGGUUUGGCUCCCCACAUGGGACAUUCCUGCCGAGCAGCCCCUCCCUGGAAGUGUCUCAGUGCGCAGACUCGCAGCUCUCCGCUGUCAGGGCAAGGCAGACUGACAGUAUGGCGGCGGGGUACAGCUGGAAGGAUGCUACUGUCGCCCGUGAUGUGUCUAUCGCCGGCAGGACGUAAAUGGACUAUUGACGGCAGAAAGAGAAGAGGAUUUAGCGAGAAAGGCCUGUCGCCGUGAGCCUCCAAGAUGGCCAGGCUCGCCGACUACUUUGUUGUGAUUGGUUACGACCUCGACAAGCGAGUGGAAGGUGAAGGUCAAGGUCGCAUUCUCCAACGGUUUCCUGAGAAAGACUGGGAGGACAGCCCGUUCCCACAAGGCGUAGAGCUGUUCUGUCAGCCCAGUGGUUGGCAGCUGGUUCCUGAUCAGCAGCCUCCCUCCUUCUUCGUAGCGGUUUUGACCGACAUCAACUCGGACCGUCACUAUUGUGCCUGCUUCACCUUCUGGGAGGGCUUGGACAACCCACAGAAGGCUGAGGCCAGUGAGGUGGAUGAAGCAGAUGAGCUCUCUGUCGUCCAGACAUCUAAGAUCUUUGCCCCCAAGAGCUUGGUGCUGGUAUCCCAACUGGAUUACACCGAGGUAUUCAGGAACUGCCUGGGCCUGAUCUACACCGUCCAUGUAGAUGGUCUGUCUGUGCCCUUGGAAACAGUAAUUGGACAUCUCCUCACUUGUGUCAUCCCCAUCGCUGGAGGUUCCCAGCCGGGCCAGGAGGAGAGAGAGGAGAGUUUGAGGACUAUAACAUUAGGUGCUGGCGACCGGCAAGUCAUCCAGACUCCAAUCAGCGACUCUCUUCCUGUCAGUGGCAGCAGUGUGGCCCAGCUCUUCAGACAACUCGGUAUAGUCAACGUUCUCUAUCUGUUCUGCGCUGCCCUGACAGAACAUAAGAUCCUGUUCCUUUCCAGCAGCUACCAGAGACUCACGGAUGCCUGCCGAGCGCUGCUGGCCAUUAUGUUCCCUCUCAAAUACAGUUUUACUUACAUUCCCAUCCUACCGGGUAAACUACUAGAGGUCCUGAGCACUCCCACGCCCUUCAUCAUCGGUGUCAAUUCCUUCUUCCGCUCUGAAACACAAGAACUGUUGGACGUGAUCAUUGCCGACUUGGAUGGAGGCACGGUUACCAUCCCAGAGUGCGUCCACAUCUCCCUGCUGCCUGAACCUCUCUUACAGCAGACCCAGACUGCACUCUCGAUGGUUUUGGAUCCAGAGCUGGAAGUUGCUGAUCAUGCAUUCCCCCCACAGUCCAUUCAGCCCUCUGCACUCAAAAUCCAGGAUAAGGAGAUCCGAGCAGUCUUUCUGUGGCUGUUCGCUCGGCUCUUCCAGGGCUAUCGCUGGUGUUUACAUAUCAUCCGCAUUCACCCAGAACCUGUGAUCCGCUUCCAUAAGGCUGCCUUCCUGGGCCAGAGGGCACUGUCAGAGGACGACUUCCUCACAAAGGUGUUGGACGGCAUGGCGUUCGCAGGCUUUGUGUCAGAGAGGGGCCCCCCCUACAGAGCCACGGACCUUUUUGAUGAUCUGGUGGCAAACCAGGUGGAGCGGAUACGACAAGAGGAGGCCUGUCCACACAAAGUCAUGAACCAUGUCAAGGAGCUUGCAGAGCAGCUCUUCAAAAAUGAGAAUCCGUACCCCGCUGUGGCCAUGCACAAAGUCCAGCGGCCAUCAGAAAACAGCCAGAACAAUGCACAGAAUCGGGCGCCUUUCCCCAUGCUGGACGAUGUAGCUGUGCAGCUGUUCAUCGAUCACGCUGCUGCCAAGCUCAAGACUGCACCUCCUGCAGUCAAAGCGGAGCUCAAGAGCAUGGUGCCAUCUGGGCCCCCACUGGGAGACGUUGUGGACAGGAACGGCAACGUGAUGGCUAACAGUGCUCGCAGGCUGGAGGUGGUCAGGAACUGCAUCACAUACAUCUUUGAGAACAAAAUGCUGGAGGCCAAGAAGCUGAUGCCGGCUGUUCUGCGGGCAUUGAAGGGUCGGGGAGCUCGGGUUUGUUUGACACAGGAGCUCAAUCAACAUGUCCUACAGAACCGAGCUGUGCUGGAUGACCAGCAGUUUGACUACAUUGUCCGCAUGAUGAACUGCACCUUACAGGACUGUUCACAUAUGGAUGAACACGGUAUCGCAGCUGCCCUCCUUCCCCUGGUCACAGCCUUCUGCAGAAAACUUGGCGCAGGCAUCACUCAGUUUGCCUACAGCUGUGUACAGGAGCAUAUGGUGUGGACCAAUAUGCAGUUCUGGGAGGCCAUGUUCUACAGUGACGUCCAGAACCACAUCCGGCAUCUGUACCUGGAGACGGAGGACAGAGAGCAGCACAACAACUCGGAGCAGCACAAUGGCUCAGGCAACAGAAGGGAAAUCAGUGCCCUGGAGCUGGCAUCGGAGCAGAGCCGACUGUGGCCAACGCUCAGCAAAGAAAUGCAGAUGGAGCGUGUGCAGAAGGAGGAGAGCACCGUAUUCAGCCAGGCCAUCCACUACGCCAACAGGAUGAGUUACCUGCUGCUGCCGCUAGACACCAGCAAGAACCGCCUGCUGCGGAGCUCCGGCAUCGGAGACAUGGAGAGCGUCAGCAACAGCUACGUCACCAACAGUAUUGCAGGCAGCAUGGCGGAAAGCUACGACACCGAGAGCGGUUUUGAAGACGCAGAGAGCUCAGAUGUGGCCAACUCUGUGGUGCGCUUCAUCAACCGCUUUGUAGAUAAAGUGUGCAAUGAGAGCGGCGUGACCAAUGAGCACCUUAAAGCUCUCCAUGCCAUGAUACCAGAUAUUGUUCAGAUGCACAUCGAGACGUUAGAAGCAGUCCACAGGGAGAGUAAGAGACUGCCUCCGAUCCAAAAGCCUAAGCUGUUGAGGCCAACUCUGUUGCCUGGUGAGGAGCUGGUAAUGGAUGGCAUGCGCGUCCACCUAAUCCCAGACGGGCGUGAGGAGGCUACGGGGCUAAUGGGAGGCCCGCCUCUGCUGCCUGCCGAGGGCGCCAUCUUCCUUACUACGUACCGCCUUAUCUUCAAGGGCACGCCUACUGAUCCAUUAGUUGGAGAGCAGACGGUAACUCGCUCCUUCCCCAUCGCCUCUCUGACAAAGGAGAAGAGGAUCUCAGUCACAUUAACAAUGGACCAGUUUGUCCAAGAGGGGCUUCAGCUGCGAUCCUGCACCUUCCAGCUUAUGAAGAUUGCAUUUGAUGAGGAGGUGGCCUCUGAUCUGGCUGAGGUUUUCAGAAAGCAUUUACACAAGCUGCGUUACCCUCAGCAUGUGCAGGGCACUUUCGCCUUCACUGUGGGUCAGUGCGGCAAGAUGGUGGUGGAGCACAAGGCGAAGGACAAGAACCAGUCACUCAAGACACUUUCCAAAAACCUAGUGAAGAGUGCCAAAAGGACCAUCGGCCGGCAGUAUGUGUCCAGGAAGAAGUAUUCUCCCCCCACCUGGGAAAACAGGAGCAGCUUCCAAUCAGAGCUCGAUGAGGAUGAAAUCUCAGUCUCAGAGGAAGUGGACCAGAGCUCCCUCACCCUCUCCUCCACCAUCCGCUCAUCAGACAGGCAGACCAUGAGCAACGUUGUAGAACGGGCCUGUUGUCGCGACUACCAGCGUCUGGGUCUGGGGACGCUUAGUAACAGCCUGACACGCUCUAAGAACGAGCCGUUCAGGAUUUCCACUGCUAACCGCAUGUACACCAUGUGCAGGAGCUACCCCGGCCUGCUGAUUGUCCCUCAGAGCAUCCCAGAUGCGACCAUCAACAGAAUCUGCCGCUGCUAUCGACAGAACCGUUUCCCAGUGGUAUGCUGGCGGAAUUCCCGAACCAAGGCCGUCCUGCUGCGCUCCGCGGGGCUUCACGCCAAGGGUGUGGUGGGCUUCUUUAAGUCUCCCAACGCUCCUACCGCAGUGCCUUCUCAGGCGGACUCCACCAAUCUGGAGCAAGAGAAGUAUCUGCAGGCCAUUAUCAGCUCCAUGCCUUCUUAUAGUGAGAAUAGUGGCAGAAACACGCUGAGUGGCUUCACAUCCACACAUAUGAACACCUCUGACACAUCAGAUAAACUGAGGCAGCCCAAGAUCGGAGCUCUGAUGAAGCAGGUGAUGGGCUCCAAGGAGGACGUUCCUGGGACUUUCAGCAGAGGAGCUCUGGGUCAAAGGGCGAAAGUCAUCUCCCUCUCUCAGCCCAAAGUGUCUGGCAAGGCCAGGAACCCUCCUAGAGGUAAAUGGGGCAGCAUCCGGGGCAGUGGGCGUCUAAGUGCCUACAACCCAGACGUGGGGACACGUCUGGCUGGGAAAGAGUCUCCGCAGCCCAACGGGGGACCGAGCGAUCCACUGUUCCUUCGCCAGCAGAAGGCGUACCUCUACAUUAUCGGGGACAAGGCUCAGCUUAAGGGAGGGAAGCAGGACUCGUUCCAGCACUGGGAGGUGGUCCCCAUCGAGGUGUGUGAUGUGCGGCAGGUGAAGAACAGCUUCAAGAAGCUGAUGAAGGCCUGUGUGCCGAGCUCUUCGACCUCUGACCCCAGCAUGAGCUUCCUGCGCUGCCUGGAGGAGUCUGAGUGGAUGGCACUGCUCCACAGAGUGCUGCAGGUGUCUGUCCUGGUGGUGGAGCUUCUGAACACGGGCUCAUCAGUCAUGGUCAGCCUGGAGGACGGCUGGGAUGUCACUACACAGGUGGUGUCCCUGGUGCAGAUGCUCUCUGAUCCCUACUACAGAACGUUUGAUGGUUUCCGGCUUCUGGUGGAGAAGGAGUGGCUGUCGUUCGGCCACAGGUUCAGCCACAGAGGAGCUCAGACUCUGGGUAGCCAGAGCAGCGGCUUCACCCCCAUCUUCCUGCAGUUCCUCGACUGUGUGCACCAGAUCCACCUCCAGUUCCCCAUGGAGUUCGAGUUCAGUCAGUACUACCUGAAGUUCCUGGCCUACCACUACGUGUCCAACCGCUUCCGCACCUUCCUGCUCGACUCAGACUACGAGCGCAUCGAGCUGGGAGUGCUGUAUGAGGAGAAAGGCGAGAGGAAAAACCCUCAGGUCUGCAAGUCUGUGUGGGACUACAUUGACAGACUCAACAAGAAAACACCCGUCUUCUACAACUACAUGUUCUCUCCUGAAGACGAGGAGGUGCUGCGGCCAUACACCUUCAUCUCCAACCUGAAGGUGUGGGACUUCUACACAGAGGAGACUCUGUCAGAGGGGCCCUCAUACGACUGGGAGCUGAGGGGCAGGCAGGAGCGCACGGCAGAAGAGACGGCAGAGAAGCCUGACACCAGUGGCCCUAAAUCUCAGCGGCACAUCGUGUGGCCGUGUUACGACAACCUGACUAAGGCGGUGCCCGAUUCCAUCACCAAGCUGCUGCAGGAACUGCAGAGUCUGGAGGCUGAGCUCGGCCAGACGUCAGAUAAGUGGAAGGAUACGUGGGAUAAAAUCAAGACCACGCAGAGGACAGAGACCAAGCUGGAGAGCAAGCCGUCCUUCUCCAGCUCCCUGCUGAUGUCAUCCAACCUGAGCCACCAGAGGCGUUCUCAGGGCGUCUACCUGCAGGAGAGCGGUGUGGGAUCCUCCAUCAACCUGGCUCUGGACUGCGAGGCCAGCGCAACUUCCACGCCUGUUGCCGGUCGGCCAAGCACCAGCACGCUCUACAGCCAGUUCCAGAGCACAGAGAGCGAGAACAGGAGUUUCGAAGGCAUUCUUUUCAAGAAGGGGGCGUUGUUGAAACCAUGGAAACCGCGGUGGUUUGUGCUGGAUAAGACCAAACAUCAGCUGAGAUACUACGAGAGCAGACAGGACAAGGAGUGUAAAGGGGUGAUUGAGCUGGCUGAAGUGGAGUCUGUCACAGCAGGGACACCCACCAUGGGAGCACCAAAAAACAUUGACGAGAAAGCCUUCUUUGAUCUCAAGACGACCAAACGAGUGUACAACUUUUGUGCCCAGGACAGCCUGAAUGCACAGCUGUGGAUGGAUAGUAUUCAGAGCUGCCUGUCAGAUGCCUAGAGAGGAGACGGGACUCUUUAAGGAGCAAAUCCAACCCAGGAAUGAAUGAGCAGCACCUGACAGAAAACUCUGCUGACCAGUCCCAGGAGCAGAGAGGGGAAGGGGCCUUUCACCACUUAGGCUCUGUUCUCUUUGCUAGUGUUGAACUAAUUACUUGGUGUCACAAUGUUUCAGUGUUUUUGUUAAAAAAAUAAAAAUGAGAAAGAAAAAAAAAAAAAGACAGAAGAACCGCUCGCAGUUCUAGCUACAGCCUCUCACCUCCCUGACCCAACAGUCUAACCACUAUGUGUGCUGGAUGCCGGUAUACACAAAGAAUGCAUCUUAAAGCACUUUGCAUUUGUGGGAGGUGUCCUGCAGCCUGGACUAGCAUGAAGAUCCUUCCAGAUCCUCCACCUGUAAACCACCACCACCCUCUUCCCUUCUUACUAACCUCACUCGCCCUCUCCAACACUUUAAGGAGGAAUGACGGAGGAGCUGCAGUCGGCCCGGCCUCGUACAGAACUCACAAGACUGCUCUCAAGGAUCUAAUUGUUGGGUUGUUGGACCAAAACGGCCCCGAGGAACAGACCGCGGCAGCAAACAUUCUUCCUCUUUGCCUUUCACUGCCCGAUGUAGCCCUCUCAGUAUAUUCAAAGGAAGUUCAAGAGGAAGUGGAGCAUGUUAUUGCGGCCGCAACGAGGGGCUCAUGAAGGAUUUCCUUUUCUUUCAUUUCCUUUUCCAAAAAUCUCAAAUUUGUACUCGAAAGAGGUCAAAGCUGACCGGCUGUCCUCCACAUAUGGCAACAACAUACUGUGAAAGCCAUGAAUCAGAGAUCAAACCAGGAGAGCCGGCGGGAGGUUAGAGUCCGUCAGGUAUUGAGUGUCGGUGAGCUUUUCACUGAGAGUGUUUACAGAGUCGACCGAAGUCCCCUCACUAAGCUAUACCCUGCUUUUCACACGCCUGCAUUUAAUCAGCAACUAUUAACAUUCAGGUUCUGAAGGGAUGCUGAAGGAAAAAGGAGGGAUUUAUUUAGUAAAGAGUCUAUAGAAGGAGAUCCAGAAGGUGAGAGAUUUUAGAGACGGAAUACUAAUGAACAGUGAUAUUAUGGGAUGCUUUAGAGAGACUACAGUGUUUAGGAGAGGCGGCAGACUCGCCGCAGUACAACAAGUGUUGGAAACUGGACGUCCGUUAAAGGAAAAUUCUCUUAUUUCUUUAACUGUCUCGUGCCUGUUGUGACUGCGCUGCCGGCUGCCACCUCUGACCUCUGACCUCUAACAGGAAUCAUUUCAAACACUCUUCCAGAACUAAAUUGAUCUCCUCAUCAGCUUUGUGAGCAGAAACAAAGCUCACGGUCGCACGUCUACAAAUAAAGGCUCGGUAUGCAGACGUGAUGACAGAGAUGAUAUCAAGUCGCUGCCUUUUUUGUGCACAUGCUGCCAGUGAGGCCGGCAGGUAAUUUGAUCAUCUGCUAAAGGUGCAGUUAGAGCCUUUAAAAUGACUUGUGUGAAAUGGAUCAGGAGAGCUAGUCUCACCCUUGCUGGCUGUCCGGACAGUUUCAUCUCAUGCACAUUGGCAGUGCAUUCUUCUUUUAAGUAAUGCUUAAAUACCCUGAAAUCAAAGAUAGAAUAUUGAAUAUUUUUAAAAGAUCAGAAUAAAUUUUUUUAUGUCAUUUUUGUUGUCAGAAGUUCUAAAUUAAAAUAGAGUCUCAGCCAUCAGUCAGAAUGGGCACAAGACCGCGAGAACAUGUUAAUAAAAUUCUGCGAUUUUCCUUUAAUGACACCCAGGUGGUGAAAGUUGCCCAAAUGUGUGCGAGCACUGGUCACAUAUUUCCAAGGUUCCACUUCCAGAAGGACGUCGUCGUGUUCAGAUGUGAACGUUCAGGCUCUCCGGAGCCGUGCUGGGAUGCAGCAGCAGCAGCGCCUGCGACCGUCGGUGCUGCAGAGGACGAGCUCGUGUAGCUGGGAGGUCGACUCGCUUGUUUCACGUCAGUGGUUUUGUCAAACUGCCCCUCCACACGCAUCAACCACUCUGACCCACAUGUGUUAACACAAACCCUGCUCUGUAAAAUAUGUUCUACUGCUGUCUUUGAACAGAUCAUUUGAAAUUGUAGAUUUUUUUUUUGUGUCUAACUCCUUUGUAUAUACUACUCCAGAUUUAUUUGUAACAUUUAUGGUAGUAAUUUAUUUAACUUGUCUCCUCAGUAAAGAAAGUUCCUCAAGCACCACUUUAUUUUUAAAUUAGGAAUUCAAUGUGCCAUUUGUUUAUUUCUGUAUUAAUGUGACUAAUGCUUUUUUUGUUUUGUAAAUGUAAACCCUUAAUGUCUUUUUUUUUUUUGGUUUUGUUCUUUUUGUAAACACAGUUGUCCUUAUUCAACACGAACCAUUAAUGCAAGAGUGGAAAGGGUGUGUUAGUGGCAGAGGAAGCCUCUCUAAGCUUGGUUGGGGUUUACUGUGCUGCUUGCCCACAGUGGUGGGAUGUUCUCCAUGUAGACUACAGUCCAAAUAAAGGUCAUGUGAGGUCUUCCUGGUGCUGGGGGUCAGCAGACUGGCUUAAUGCAUCAUUGUGGGUCCAUUAAGGAGUCAGUCAUGAGACACAAAAAUAUUGAGUUUAGCAACUCUUUAGGAACAUUCAUUGACCCCAUUUAUCCUCAUCUGAUUUAAUAAAAUACUUUAAGUCCAAAAGUAACUUCAGCCUCUUCUGAUCGCCUUCCUCGGCGAAUAUUCAGACGCUCCCCAGUUUAUUUAAAUUAUGCUAUAAAACUAUAAAUGUCUGUAGCUUCUUGCCUCUUACAGUCAAAAGUUCAACAUAAUAAUCACACAAAGUUAAGUUUUGAGUGACCUUUUGCAUCUUAAAAUAAUCUUCCUGAGGAACAGAUGGACCGUAGCGACAGCAGGAACCGCCUGCGGGAGAACGCUCGCUGCGUCCUUGUCUUCUGACUGCAGUCAGCCCCAGCUCACCUUUUUCACUCUAGUUUACUCAUCUCUCAGCAAACAGCUACAUUACCCCAGGAAUAUGACAUAAUCAUUUUUAUUUAUUUGGUUUUUUGUAUUAGAAAUGACCUUCUGAGCCGGGUUAUGUUGUCAAUCAUGUCAAUAGAGUUUUUAGAAUCCAAAUAAAAACUGGGUUUAAAUGUU